GCGUUGGAGCGGUACCUGUAUUCCCUCGCCCGUGCGCUCUGGAUCUCCCCACAAAUCAACAGGCUUUGCAAGUUUUUGGAAAUAUCCACACUUGGUCUGUACCUUUCCGUAUCCGACCCCAAUGGAUAUCAUGGAAAAGAAGGCUAUUUGACAAUCGUUGAUCGGACAGAUCGUGAAAUUGUGCGAACCCAGAGGGAUGGUAUAUUCUGUGGAUUACUCGCUCGCCAAGGAAGUAGACGGACACCGAAAUGGUUCAUCGUGCGAGAAAGUUACUUAAUUGUCUGUGCUGGUGGGCCACAUGAGACGGCCAUUGAAGACGUAUUUAUGGUAGACAGUGCUUUUCAAGUGAAACAAUUAUCAGCAGAACAACAAAGGAAGGACAAGACACUACCAUUACUUUCACGUGCGAGUAAAUGGAAGCCAAGUCAUACACUACGUAUCAGUAACUUUCACUGCGUGUGGCAUCUCAAGGCCAAAAACAGCCAACAAGGGCGACAAUUUCUUGACUCUAUCCAGUACAUGGCCGAACAGUCGAUUUGGUCACAAGAGCAUCCAUUCGGUAGCUAUGCGCCUAUACGUCAUCACACAUCUGCUUCGUGGUUUAUCGACGGAAGGGACUAUUUUUGGGAAGUUUCUUUGGCGCUCGAGAACGCUAAAGAAUCCAUUUACAUUCACGAUUGGUGGCUGUAUCUUCGACGCCCGGCGUCUGCCAACUAUGAAUGGAGACUGGAUCGUGUCCUGCAACGAAAAGCACAGCAAGGAGUGAAGAUUUACAUUAUCAUAUACAAAGAGGUAGCGGUUGCAUUACCACUAUACUCACACUAUUCAAAAAAGUACCUGCUAUCCCUAUCUCCAGACAAUAUCUAUGUACAGCGGCAUCCUUCGCGCGCCGCCGACAUUUUCAACAAAAAUAACGUUCUCUUCUGGGCCCACCACGAGAAGAUAUGCGUGGUUGACAAUCUGGUGGCAUUCAUUGGUGGAAUCGACCUCUGUUUUGGUCGAUGGGAUACAUAUCAACACGUUGUGGUCGACGAUGGUGAUCCAAGCUUGGCGCCAGACAACAAACAUCCGCAAAUAUGGCCGGGAAAAGACUAUUCCAAUCCACGUAUUCUUGAUUUUCAUACAUUGGACAAGCCAUUUGAGGAUAACAUGGAUCGCACGAAAUUACCACGGAUGCCAUGGCAUGAUGUAUCAUUGAAGAUCACAGGCCAGCCUGCGCGCGAUAUCGCUCGCCACUUUGUACAGCGAUGGAACUUUUUGCGGCGCAGCAAGGCAACACCUCCUAAACGUCCAACGCCGCUUCUCUUGGCGAAGCCCGAUAUAUCCCCUUUAUCCCACGUCUGUUGCAUCCAACUGUUGCGCAGUGUCUCUCAAUGGAGCCUUGGCAUCCGAGAUCAUGUGGAGCAAAGCAUCCAAAACGCCUAUGUCGAAGUGAUUGAAAACUCUGAACAUUUCGUCUAUAUUGAGAAUCAGUUUUUUAUCACCUCAACACAAUGUGGAUCGACUAAAAUUAUGAAUCGGAUCGGCGACGCGUUGGUGAACCGUAUUAUCAGAGCUAAAGAAGAAAGGCUUCAUUGGCGUGCAAUCAUUGUAUUACCCCUUAUCCCUGGAUUUCAAUCCGCAAUCAAUGAUUCAGAGGGUUCGACUGUACGACUUAUCAUGCACUGCCAAUAUAAGUCAAUUAAUCGUGGACCACACUCUAUUUUCGGCCGGCUCCGGUCGGCUGGUAUUGAUAAUCCGGAAGAAUACAUUACGUUUUAUGGACUCCGCAAUUGGGGUGAGCUUGACGAUGGUCAGUUGGUGACAGAGCAGGUGUAUGUCCACGCGAAGGUUUUGAUUGCCGACGAUCGCACGGUCAUCAUCGGAUCGGCAAACAUCAACGAACGUUCGCAGCUCGGCAACCGUGACUCCGAAAUAGCUGCAUGCAUCCAUGACAACGAGAUAGUUGCAUCAACAUUGCGAGGCGCCCCGGCCAAAGUGGGUGCGUUCGCGCAAUCUUUACGGAUGCGACUUAUGAGUGAGCAUCUUGGCCUGGAUAUUGAAAAUGCAUUGGAACAAAAGUCUGCUACUGUCAAUAACGUUGAUGGUGAUCAUAGCGAUGAUAAGAGUGAGGAUGUUGCCGAUAACGACAACAACAGCAGCAAAAAGCAAUCGGAGACAGAGCAAGCAACACGUUCUGAAAGUGUGCAAGCUAAUGCUUCUUUCAACAACAACCGGGACUACAUGCACAGGAUAUUGCGUGACCCGUUGGACUCGAAAUUUAUGAACGUAUGGCAUACCACUGCACGGCGUAACAGCCAUUUGUUCCGAUGCGCAUUUUUGGUGAUGCCCGAUAACAAUGUGCAGACAUGGGACGACUAC